AUGAUGAACUGGACCUUGUUACCAGUUGCUCUGGUUCUGCUCUGCUCCAGCACUCUCGGCUCCCUGGGCUGUGACCUGACUCAGGACCUAAAGAAAGACUUCUCCCUUCUGGAACAAAUGAGCAAGAAGUUUCCCCUGCUGCCAUGUCUGAAGGACAGGACUAACUUCAAGUUCCCAAAGGAAGUCAUGGAGGGCAGCCAGCUCCAGAAGGAAAAUGCCACAGUCAUUGUUAAUGAGACACUCCAACAAAUUUUCAUCAUCUUCAGCCUGAAUACCACUCCUGCUGAAUGGAAUCAGACCCAGCGCAUAGAACUACUUAUGGGACUGGAUCAGCAGCUGGAACAGUUGAAGAGCUGUCAUGGGCAGGAGGUGGAACAGGAAGAACAUUUGAAAAGUGAGAACCCCAGACAGGCCCUGAAGACCUACUUCCAAGGAAUAAGCCAGUACCUGCAAGGCAAAGACUAUAGUCUCUGUGCUUGGGAGAUGGUGAGGAUAGAGAUCCGGAGAAUCAUUACGUUCAUGGAUAAACCUACAAGAAAACUUCGGGUCUGA